GAAAAUCAUGACUAUUUAAGUGAACAUUCCAAUGAUAGUCCUCUUUCUGGUUCAGAAGAUGGGCUAAAGUUUCACAGUCGAAUUAAUUCUAGAGAGAAAAAGCAAUACUUAAGCCAAUACUCUCACGAUAGUAUAGUUCUAGAAGAAAAAAGGAAUCGCCACAUAGGUACUCGGAAUGAUAGUAGAGCCUUGAGUUUACUUUUGUCAUUGGAUCUCCAGGAAAAAGAAGAUGAAGAACUCUGUGGUGCUGCUACACUUAUCCAACAAGAAAAAAUGGAAGUUGGCAAGGUGAAAUCAAGUGUCUACAUAGAUUAUCUACACAAUAUGUCCUACCUUUUUGCCUUUGCUGCCAUUUUCAGCAUUGCAGUGUUUCAAGUUUGUGAGGUUGGAGCAAACCUUUGGUUGAGUGCUUGGAGUACUGAUGAACCCAUGCCAGAUGGAACUCAGAACAUAGCACUCCAAAAUUGGAGACUGACUAUUUAUGGUUUGCUAGGAGCAGCUCAAGGAGUUUCUGUUCUCUGUGGUGGUAUGUUCCUGGCAGUUGGUGCUGUGCAAGCUUCUCGUGACCUGCACAAUAGAAUGGUAGAAAGAACCUUCCAAGCUCCAAUGUCUUUUUUUGAUACUACUCCAACUGGACGCAUCUUAAACAGAUUUGGUAAAGAUGUAGAUGUUGUGGAUACCUUGAUUCCCAUAGCUUUUAAAGGAUUCUUGGAUUAUUUUUUUGCUCUGAUAGGAGCAUUUGUGGUCAUAUCACUGAGUAAUCCUAUCUUUAUUGUUGCUGUUAUUCCUUUUUCUGGCCUCUACUACCUAUUACAGAGAGUUUAUUUGGCAGUUUCUCGUCAGUUAAAGCGCUUAGAAUCUGUAACCAGAUCACCCAUAUACAACAACUUCUCUGAGACUAUAAGUGGAGCUAGUAGUAUUAGGGCAUAUAAAGCACAGGAUUUCUUUAUCAGGAUCAAUGAAGACAGAGUAGACAUCAAUAACAAUUGUUACUUUCAAGGAAUGGUGACUAACAGAUGGCUCGCUAUUCGUCUAGACUUCUUGAGCUCAAUCAUUGUAUUAGCAGCAUCACUUCUAGCUGUAUUUGGAAGAGACAGUUUGAACCCAGGGAUCGUAGGAUUGUCUCUGUCUUAUGCUCUGAAUAUUACAGAAGCAUUGACCUACUUGAUUCGUAAAGCUGCAGAUCUAGAGACAAGAAUUGUGUCUGUGGAAAGAAUUGAUGAGUACAAUGAUCUCCCUGCUGAGGCAGAAUGGGAAAAUCAAGAAAAAAAACCAAGACAGCCGUGGCCCUCGAAAGGAGUCGUUGAAUUUAGAAACUACAGUACAAGAUAUAGAGAAGGCUUAGAUCUAGUGUUAAGAGAUGUUGAUAUUGCUAUAAAAUCUGGAGAAAAGGUUGGUAUUGUAGGUAGAACAGGAGCUGGAAAAUCUUCUAUGACAUUGUCUCUGUUUCGAAUAAUUGAGCCAGCUGGGGGAAGCAUAAUUAUUGAUGGUGUAGACAUUUCUCAUAUUGGACUUCAUGACUUACGUUCAAAUCUGACAAUCAUACCACAGGACCCUGUCUUGUACACUGGACCACUACGAAUUAAUCUUGAUCCUAACCACAGCUACACUGAUGAAGAAGUUUGGAGGGCAUUAGAACAGGCCCACCUUAAACCAUUUGUUUCGUCUCUUGCUGAAGGGGUCAAUUUUCAAGUUUCAGAGGGUGGAGAAAAUAUGAGUUUGGGUCAAAGGCAGCUUGUAUGCCUUGCACGAGCAUUGUUGAGAAAAUCUAAAGUUUUGGUGUUGGAUGAAGCCACAGCUGCUGUAGACCUAGAGACUGACAAAUUAAUUCAGAACACAAUUCAGACGGAGUUUAGUGAAUGUACAGUGAUCACUAUAGCUCACAGACUUCACACCAUUCUUGAUUAUAACAGAAUAAUAGUUAUGGAAAAAGGAAGAAUAGUAGAGACUGGGAAUCCAUCUACUUUGUUGUCUUCUCCAACCUCCAUGUUUUACAGCAUGGCAAAGGAUGCUAACUUGCUUUGAUGUGUCAAGCUUAGCAGUCAGAAUAGCUUGUCAGUUCUUAUUUGGCCAUUGUUGUUGAAUGCCAUUUUAUUUAGAAGUAAAUUACACUGGUUAUAAUGGCACAUAUUAUUCUAAUAAAGGAUUUAUAUAUAUAUAUAUUUGAAUAUGAAGCUCUUUUAUUGAUUAAGCUUAUAUGUGAAACAGAGUAUUUAUGUCACCUCUGAAUAGUUGAAAUCAGUAAUUGAAAUACUAUUAACCUUGUGUAAAAGAAAAAUAGUGCCAUUCAUUUGCUAUUUUUACAAAUACCUAUAAUAUUGCCAAUAAAAGCAACUUUUGCAGUAAGAAAAUUCUGAUUUUAAUUAUUACAACACUUCUACCUAUAGUGUUGGGUAAUCACCAGAGAAUGUUACAUACUUGUGGUGGUGACGACAAGAUUUGUAGGUGGUGUCAAAUUAGCUUUUUAGUAAAAUGAAUUAGAAAAAAUAUUAAUGUGGAUAAAGGGAAGUUCCAGGAUAUUUUUUUAGCAUUUGUUUUGAUAACUUUAUCAAAAGUGCUACAGCUGUUUUCUUUUCGUUGAUGUAUGGUUCUCUUUUGAUGAUUUCAACAUUCUUUUCAGUGAUGAUAUGUUUAGUUUCUUUGAGAUGUUCAAAAAUUUUCUAGGGUCUCUUAAGGUGUCCUCUAAGUCUGAUGUUCUUUUCUCCUCCAGUUUCUCCACUAUAAAAGUGUUUACACAAGUUGCAUUUCAUUUUGUGACUCCAUUGGUUUUAUUCUCAGUUGAGUAAUUGUUAGUAAUAAGAUUCUUGAUUUUAAUACUUGUGUGGUUUUUAUAUGAUUACGUUAUUCAUGUCUAUGUUGUGUUUCUUCUUAAGUCGUUUCCAUAAUCCACAGGUUGUUGCUGAUGUGUUUGAUGUAAGGAGCUGUAAUGGUGACAAAGUUGAAGUUGUUUUCAUCUUUAAGAUUUGUAUUAUUUUGUUUGUUUAACGUUUUUUGGAUGUAUCAACUGUUCUUUUAAUAACUGCUUUCAGAUAAUAGUUUAUUUUUAAUGAAGAUUUCAUAGUCUUUGUAGCUCAUCGAAAUUGUUUGCAGAGCUUAUAUUAAAUGCUCUUUGCAUAAUACACCAAUACUAAUAUUUGAAA